ACCCACCCUUUGAAGCUAUAACAGCUUCAACUCUUCUAGGAAAGCUGUCCACAAGGUUUAGGAGUGUGUCUAUGAAAAUGUUUGACCAUUCUUCCAGAAGCACAUUUGUGAGGUCAGGCACUGAUGUCGGACGAGAAACCCAUUCCAUGAUGCCCUCUACGCACUGUUGUGCUAAUCUGAAGGCCACAACUGUUGUUCCCAGUUGCUUCCACUUUGUUAUAAAUCCACUAACAGCUGACCGUGGAAUAUUUAGUAGCAAAGAAAUUUCACAGAUGGACUUAUUGCACAGGUGGCAACCUAUCACGGUACCAUGCUUAAAUUCAAUGAGCUCCUCAGAGCAAUCCAUUCUUUCACAAAUGAUUGUAGAAGCAAUUUGCAUGCCUAGGUGCUUGAUUUUAUACACCCGUGGCCAUAGAGGUGAUUGGAACACCUGAAUCCAAUGAUUUCGAGGUGAUUGGAACACCUGAAUAUAAUGAUUUGGAGGGG